UAUACAGGCUCGUGUUUUUUUAAAAUGGGCUGGAUAAAAUAAAUAUGCAAGGGCGAGUCUAAGUCGGCCCAGCUCAGUUUUUAAAACAAGCCUUUAUUGUUGUGUCGGUUAUAUAGAUUUUACAAAAAAUGAUGUCCAGAGAUGUGAUUGGACCAACAAAAUAAAUAUAUUUCUCGACAUAUAUAAAGAAUACAAAUAUCAUUCAGUAUCGACCUUACAAUUUUAUGAAUCAUCAUAUUUUAUUGUAAUAGAUCGAAAAGUACAAAAAAAAUACAAUACGGACAGGCAACUCUGUAAGAUAUAUCUAGUUUGUCAUAAGAGUGAAAAAAAAAAAGAGCUAGUCACAAUACCAGACAAUUUAAAGGCCCAUAGAUAAUGAGAUGUAAAAUCUUACCCGUGAUCUUCUUCUUACAUAAAAAAUAAAUUUUAUUUUUUAUUUAUUUUUCGGAAGAUAUGCACUUUCUCUCCUUCCCUUUACCACCUUUGGCUUUUGACACUUCACAUGCACCCUCGUUAGUGCCCUUUUCGCGACAUAUAUGUGUCCUGUCUGUAUACAUUUUUUUUUUAAAUUACAUUUUCUUUUCUAUUUCCAGACAAAGAAAAGUAUAAAGAAGUCGAAUAUUAGAGGUAAGGUAUCAAACAAUCUUCCACCACCUUCGUUGUCACGAACCAAAAGCUUUACGGUAAUCAUUUGCACACACAUGCAAGUCUGACUUUUCAUUUCUCUCUCUCAAACUCAUCACGAAAAGGUUCAUUUUAGAACUCUUCUGUUCGUAAUUAUUAUCCCCAUCUCAGAGAUUCUCUAUUGUUGUCUGAAUCAAAUAAAGAUGGAAUCGGAGAAGACAAGUGUUGUGAGUUCGAUCACAAGACCGUCGUGGGUGCUCCUUCUCCUUGCUUUCACCGUCUUAGCCAUUCUCUCUCACCAAAUCUCCUCCAAUUCAUUCCUCCCUCUCUUUAUCUCGACCACCACCACGACCCGUAUACAUGACCCGGUUACAUGCUCCGGGUUUUUCACCCACGACCCGUCCCCGAAACGGAUCGUCAUGUCAAUAACCGAAUUCGGCGGAGUGGGAGACGGCAAGACGUCUAACACGGAGGCUUUCCGCCGCGCGGUAAGGCAUCUAAGAGGCUUUGCGGGAGAGGGUGGGGCCCAGCUUAAUGUACCCAAGGGCACGUGGCUCUCGGGAAGCUUUAACCUCACCAGUAACUUCACGCUCUUCCUCGAACAAGGCGCUGUUAUUUUGGGAUCCCAGGACCCAGAGGAAUGGCCAAUAAUAGAGCCGUUACCUUCUUAUGGAAGAGGGAGAGAGAGACCUGGUGGUAGACACAUUAGCCUCAUUCAUGGAGACAAUCUCACUAAUGUUGUCAUUACAGGUGAAAAUGGUACAAUUGAUGGUCAGGGGAAAAUGUGGUGGGAGUUAUGGUGGAACAGAACACUGGUGCAUACGAGAGGCCAUCUUAUUGAGAUCAAGAACUCUCAUAACAUCCUCAUCUCUAACCUCACAUUGCUCAAUUCUCCUUUUUGGACAGUACAUCCUGUUUACUGCAGCAAUGUUGUUAUUAGAGAUAUGACCAUCCUUGCUCCGAUGAAUGCUCCUAACACCGAUGGUAUAGACCCAGAUUCAAGCACCAAUGUCUGCAUUGAGGACUGUUACAUCGAAAGCGGCGAUGACCUUGUAGCUGUGAAGAGCGGGUGGGACCAGUACGGAAUGGCCAUGGCACGUCCUAGUUCAAACAUCAUCAUUAGACGAAUCUCUGGUACUACACGCACUUGUUCAGGUGUUGGAAUAGGAAGUGAGAUGUCUGGUGGGAUUUUCAACAUUACCGUCCAAGACAUUCACGUUUGGGAUUCAGCAGCUGGGCUCCGUAUCAAAACAGACGUAGGAAGAGGCGGUUACAUUUCGAACAUCACCAUCAGUAAUGUAUUACUAGAGAAAGUGAAAGUUCCUAUUAGAUUCAGUAGAGGCUCAAAUGAUCAUCCUGAUGAUAAGUGGGAUCCUAAAGCUAUGCCGAGAGUUAACGGGAUUUAUAUUAGUAACGUUGUGAGUGUGGACUCGAGGAAGGCUCCUAUGUUACUUGGUGUUGAAGGAGGAACGUUUCAGGACAUAUGUUUGAGGAAUGUAACGCUUCUUGGGUUGCCUGAGUCAGAGAAAUGGAAAUGCAAAGAUGUUUCUGGUUAUGCUAGUGAUGUUUUUCCUCUGUCGUGUCCACAGCUUUUGCAGAAGGAAGGUUCGGUCUCUCAGUGUUUAUAGAUGAGUUUGUGAUUAGUAAUUUUUUUUAUAGAGUUACAUGUGAUAUAGGAGGUCCAUGAGUUUGAGCAAGUUUUUUUUUGGGGUGAAGAUUCUUGGCCACUUCAGAAGAUGCCAUCUUGGUUUUCCUUUUCACAUUUAUUAAUUUAUUCUUGUUUGUGAAUUUUAUCCUUUUUGACACAUACUUUGUGUAACGAAAUGUAUACUUUGAUUGAUUCAAUAAAGAUGUCUGCAUAUUCAUUUUUA